GUUCACGCGGGACGUACGUUAUUCGUAAACCCUCACAAUUGUCCCUAGUUGAAAACAACAGUGCCCACCGACAAAAUAGAUAAUGAGUUGCACCGCCGACCGCAUCCCAAAGGAGGGAGAGUUUUCUGGGUUUGUAGUCCUAGAGGGUAACAGGUACCCGCCACAAGUACGACCUGACAUGGUCGAUCUUGCUCGAUCAUUCGAAGUUCGAGAUGACGAUGUAUUUAUUGUGACCUACCCAAAGGCUGGAACUCAUUGGAUGACUGAGAUUGUGAAGAGUAUUUUAGCCGAUGGUGAUUAUGAAAAAGCAGAGAAAAUGUUUGGUAUCCACCCAAAGCCGUUGGAGUUUUUCACCACACUCUCCGAUUACGCAAAGAGACCACGUGACAAGCAACGGGUGAUCGUCACACAUCUUCACGAAGAACUGUUACCAAAAGCGGCCUUAAACGGCAAAGCAAAGAUUGUGUUUGUAAUUAGGAACCCAAAAGAUUCCGUAGUAUCGUACUUUCAUUUCGCACAACCAUUCCGAUAUGCUGAAGAAUUCGACACCUGGGAAGGAUUCUUGAAAUGUUUCAUGUCUGAAGGAAUGCCCGGGCGUUCUUGGUUCAACUAUAACUUAACCUACUGGAAGCACAGAAAUGAAAAGAAUUUUUACUGGACAACAUAUGAGAAUAUGAAGCUGGACAUCAGGUCGGUUAUUGAAGAUGUUGCCAGUUUCUUAGGACAUCCAGCGUCAGGUGAAAAGUUAGAUAAACUUGUCAAACUUGCCGACUUCUCAAGAAUGAACAAGAAAUAUGACGGACGGUUUCCAAAAGCAUCAGUUCCGGAUAACGUGCGAGAAGCAAUUCCUUUUAAAAUACUACGGAAAGGUCAAGUCGGUGACUGGAAGAACAAAUUUACUGUGGCACAAAACGAGGCUUUUGACAAAUUGUAUAAUGAGAAAAUGAAGUGUUCUAGUUUGAAACAGCACAUCAAGUUCGAAAUCUAAAAUUAAGGAAAUGACAUAACAGGUCGAGAUCCAUGAAAAGUCGUAUAUAAAGAUGUGGGUUACCCACAUCUUUAUAUUUGCACAAGUAAUUAAAAUUGUUUAUUGAGCAGAUUAAUCACACUGAUAAACAAUUGUACAAAUUCGGCUGAUGCAUAUGAACUUCUAUUUAGAGACAUAAUUUCAUUAUUUUCUUUCCAAAAAAACAUAAUAAAUGUUUACUAGCACCUCAUAUCGACUUUUGAAUGGUGAAAAUCGGCUCAGUAUAAACCCUUUUACCGAGUACAAAUUUUAAGAAUAGUAGAACAUACUGCUCUUACAUCUUCUAGUUUUCCCCCACCGUUGUAUUUAGGUACACGCUACAGUAUACACAAUGAGCCUACAACUUUGCAUAGCAGAGUUCCGGACGAGUGAUUCAGCCCACAUCUUUAUACAUCUGAGUUAACGCAUGAAUGGUUUCAUCCUUCUCAGGACUUUUUUCCUACCCCACAUCUUUAUAUCUAAUUUUGCUGAGAGUUCCGCUUGAACAAUUUCGUGGACAUUUUGGUAUCUGCGCAUGACAUGCUUCCAUUUCAGGGUUUAUAAUGUAUUGAAAGGCAUAAUCUAGGAAGAGAAGCCAACAGCGGACUCUCCGAGUUUUAGAAGUUAUUUUAUUUUUUCUUUUUAAAUUAUUUUGCUUUUUGAGCUGCGCUGCUGGCACCUAGCUAUUGUAGUCUUGCUUGAUUUUGUAUUGCCUUUUUUUAUCUUAAAAUAAAUGAAUGAUUGUUAGAUAGGAUAAUUUAUAUGAAAGAAUGGUGGUGGUGGGGUGCUGUUCUUUAUAUUUGAAAACAGAGACCUGCAUAUGAAAAUGAAAACUCAUUACAGAACCAUUUAUAUUUUACGCAUAAGUCGAAAAAAGGCCAAAGCAAUGCCUAUUUUUCCUUCCCUCAUGUUUUGUCCAACUCUUGGACAUGAGAUGUGCAUAUACGUGAAUUGUAACGUCGGUUAUACAAUGGAAUCACCCAAAUAAUUAUAAAGCAUAUGAUGUAAUUAGAAAAAAAAAUUAUUGUAGCACUGAGUACCCAUAAUUGACUGACUAAUAAAUCGUUACAAAAAAAAUUGUUACAAUAUUUUCAUGUAUUAAGUUAUGAAGAUUUUACUAGGAAAAAAAAUUAAUCCUUUAUAGUUAACUUUUCCUAAUAAUGAUUGUUAUUUCCUGACUAACAACUGUUGUUUUUGGAGGGUAACCCAGAUGUGUGCCCUGUUUUACACUGGGCCGCCUGACAACACGGAAAUGAAACUGCAGAAAACCAUAGUGUAGAUCUUCCUACAUUUCAAAAAGUCUAUUGAGUAAAAGUAGAUAAACUUUAUUUCAAGUAAACAGCCUUCUAAAGUUAUUUGUGAAUACAUUGUUUACUGGAAUUAACUACCAAAUUAAUGUUAAAUAAUUGUUUGUUAACCAUUCCCACAACUAGACAUUGGGACAUGAUUAAUUGAUAGCAAGCUAUAUUCAAUGAUUUACUGUGACAACAAUGUGAAGUUUGCUACAAAUAGAAAACAUGAGCAUAUUAGGGUCAUAAAAAAAAUGACAAUAACUUAUACAAUCAUAACAUGCACAAAAAAAAACAAGAAAAAUUCAACAUAGGUACUAGGUACACAGAAGACUAUACAAUAAUUAUAUAAAUAAAUAAAUAAAACG